AUGACCUUCAGCACAGAGCUGUCACUGGCAGCUGGCACACCGUCGUUGAAACCUCACAAAGGAACAGGCUCGUUUGUCAUGCAGUCGACUUGGAGUUUGGGUGUGGUGCCUAACGCGGGAGGGACCGGAACAUCAGCGGCCACUGGCGGCAGCGGCGACGGUGCCGCCCCGGGGCCCUCUUCGGCCGCGGCGGCGGCGGCGACGACGUCACGUUGGGCUGCUGUGUCGGCGGCGGCGGGCGGAGGGCCCGUGACUGCGGGCCUGCCGCCGCGGUCGUACAGCACAGAAACCAAGUUUAACUACGGCCCGCCGCCGUCGGACUUCCGACGAACGAGGAGCGCCGGGCCCCCGGUGUCCCAGUUCCCCAAACCUGGACAGCCCAACGAUUGGAAGUAA